AUGGCUGAAAAUAACUCGGAAGAAUAUCCACUGGGCUCUCCUCUAGUUCAAAUUAACAUGUGUGAAUCCCAUGAAUUACCUAUUGAUAUUAUAUGUGAGGAUUGUGAUGAAUUUAUUUGUGCCACGUGUGCUAAAACAGAUCAUAGAGAUCAUGACUGGAAAACUUUACCCACGGCAGCCACCGAAAGGAGGAGAGGUCUGCUUAAAUUUCUGAAGAAGAUCAAGGAAGAGGAUCUUCCUGGGAUUGAUGAAAAGGUAGAGAAGAUUCCACAACAGAUAACAGAAAAUGAAAAACUGUGUGACUCUGAGAUUAAAAAGUUACAAAACCAUUGUGAUGAGAUAAUGGCCAGGCUGACAGAAAUCAGAGGACAUCAUGAACAAACACUGAGAAACAAUCUGGUUAAGAAGAAUGAUCAACUUAACCAUGUGAAAUCUGAGUUAGAGAAGAAGAAGAGAGGAAUUGUUGACACAGUGGAAUUCAUGGAGGAGAACAACAGCACCAUGUCAGAUUACAGCUUGAUUGACAACCACAGAGAACUGAAGAAAAUGCUGUCUGAAUUGGAGGUUCAUAUGACAUGUAUGACAAAAUGGGAACAUUCAGAGAGAUUCAUAAGAGGUGAAAUCAAUAAUCAAGACUUUCUUGAAUCUGUGGUUGGAAGAACCUUAGAUUUAGAUGAUAUUAGUGUGACUCAGAUAAACUCCUUUCAAUAUGGAAAUCAAGCAAUACACACUUUGGAGACUAUCAGUGACGACCAAUGUUACCUGUAUGAAACAUCUUCAAGUUAUAUAGAAAAAGUCAAUCAGCAAGGUGUAAAAGAAAGUAGAUUUAGAAUCUCUCCUAAUGACAUGUGUGUGACUGAUACUGGUGAUGUUUAUUUCACUGAUGAGAUUAACAAGUCCAUCCGCUGUCUGUCACCAUCAGGAUCUGUCUCUACAGUCAUCAGUACAGAUCCACUGAUACCAGGAGGAAUCUGUCAGUCAGUGGACAGUGGACUUCUGGUCACCUUGAUAGACAGGGAAUCAGAUCCAUACAAAUUAAACUCACUUAGCAGACGUCUGGCGAGACACAUGACAAUGACAGGUGAUGUCAUCCAUGAUUAUGAGUACCAGGAGGACGGUCACACCAAACUGUUCACUUUGCCAUACAGUGUCACACAGAACAGUAACAUCUGUGUUGUGAACCGUUCAAGUGAUACUACAGGUGAACUAGUGAUUCUGUCUCCCUCUGGUCAUAUAAAGUCUGUCUACCGUGGACAAAACCUGACAGAAAACUUAAAUCCAUCUGAUGUAGUGUGUGACUCCCUCUAUAACAUCCUUGUUUCUGACUGUAACAACAAACAGAUCCAUUUACUGAAUCCUGACGGGGAGUUCCUAAAGUUCUUACUCCAGGAGAAUGAAGUGAACAGUCCAUACUCACUGACCCUAUACAAGUCUACACUGUGGGUGGGAUACGCGGGAGGAUUUGUUAAAGUGUUUCAGUACACAAUGUAA